GUUAAGUUUUACUCCGAUAGACGUCGUCUUAAUCGAUAAUCACUGUAGUCAUGUAUCUACGUACGUAUGUACAUACAAACAUACAUACCUACUGCACUCAACGGUGUAUGUAUGAGACGUAUGUACGCACUAUAUGUAUGUAUGUAUGUAUGUACGCACGUACGUACGCAUCGUAUACGUAAUGUAAUAUGUUUCAUAGCACGGUCGUUUGCCGAUCUCCCAAAGUUCUCGGUACCCAUUUCAUAUUUUAUUGUUAAAGGUGUGAUCUAGUGUUGUGCUGUGGUACGGUGGUUAUCCGGUGGUAGUUGCAUCUAUGUAUAAUAACAGAUUACUCUGAAAAUAUUGGAAGUUUCAAUACAGGAUGGUUUGGGGGUUUGUUUAAUUACCUUGAUAAUUUUUUUUUAGACUUACAACCAUCGAAAUUACAGGAUAUUACAAUUAUGUCGAGUGCGACUAUCGUACGUGUGUCACUUGAAUCAAGUUACACUUGAUUUAUCAAUAAUUAUUAAAGCCUCGAUAGUGCUUCAGUGUUCAAGAAUGACAUAUCUUCUGGUCAAAGAUACUGUUAAAUGGACGAAAAGUAAUAAAUGUGUCCGUGGAUAGCGACCGGCAGUGGAAAUGGCAAUGGCUAGUUGGAUGAUUCGUGGAAGGAGCACUCGCUCAAAUAGAUCUCACAAAAGUCGCCUCGAUAGCGAAGAUAAUUGCGUGCAGCUCGAUCUGUCAAAAGAUGUGAAAGAAAAUGUACAAGAGGUAUUAACAAACCUAUGUCAGCGCCAAGGGAUUUCCAGUGCCAGAAAGUUAGCUUACCUGAAUGCUAUUGUGAAACUUAUCAGCGAAAAUGACAUUCUGGACUAUGGCUACUGUGUUCAGGAAUUAUUUUGUUGCCUUCGUAUUGGACUUGUGAAUGAAGCAACCCAAGUUCGUGCCGCGGCAUUACGUGCAGUACGAUAUAUGCUCAGAAGAGAACAAGACAUCAUUGCGUUAAAUAAACUACAAUAUCCGUACUUGGUUGCAAGGAGUAUGGACUUGAAUUUGAGGAAUGAAAUAGAAAGAAUACAAGCUCUAAGACUAGUCAGACGAAUUUUACUAUUGGCUCCAAAACACUUCAGCCCCGCACUGGCAAGGUCAUUAAUAAGUUUAACAAACGGGGGUAUAGAAGAAAAGGAUCCAAUAUUUCGAGCCUUUUUGGCAGCUGUGUGUGAACUUGGAGUAUUGAAUUCGAAUUUGUUGAUAAGUUGUGGUGGUGUAGGGGCUCUUACCAGAGCUGCUAUGACAGAACAGAGUCCAGCGAUUACAGAAUCUGUAGUUGGUGUUCUGUUGAAGCUUUUGGGUAACCCUGAAACUAGAAGUGGGGUUUCUUUGCUUUGCCUAGCUGCUCCUUAUUGCGAACUCCAUUCCGCUGGUAUUGAGAGGACGAAACAAGAACGAAGGCAAAGAUUUACAGCGAGCAAGCUGGCCUUGCUGAGUGUGCUGCGUUCAUAUACUGGUAUUAUACACUUUUGCCAUCCAAACGAUAGUUCGGGUCUGAAAGCAAUAGCUGGAAUCCUGUAUGUGGAGCAAUUAGAAGUACGUGGAGCUGUUCUGGAGCUGCUCUACGAAUUAUUAGGACUCCCAUUGCCGGCUUGGACAGAUGAACCUGAUGUAGCGCUGGCCGCCGUUGAUCCAAGUCGUACCCGCGAGUCAUGGAGGCUUUCUGAGGGUUUCGUAGGAGCUGAAGGUAGAGCUAUACUGCCUCCGCUUUCCAAGCAUCGACCAAACAUCGUGGAACUACAUUUGGCACUGCUGGUAUAUGCUUUGUUGGAAUGUGGAUUGCACAAAGCACUCGCUGAGACCAUAGUAACCUCGGAUACCUUCAUAUCCGUACGUGCUGCUGUACUUUUGGGAGCAUUAUUACAUCUGGCCCAUGCGCUACUUCCCCCGGAAGCUUGUGAUCUCACUCCACCUUUGCCAAAUUUGUUGGAGCAUGCAAGUGCAGGAAGACAUCAGGCCCUAGCAGCAGUUGCUAUUCUUGGUAGAAUGCACACAGUCAUGAGGCGGAGACCUGCUCCUGCCAGUCUCUUUCUCGAUCGAGUGUUACAAGCAGGAACCUGGCUUAGGCCUACUUUGCCCCGGCGCCAAAAAUCUACUGGUCGGCAUUGGUUAAGAAGGGAGUCUCCUACCACACCACUUCUAAGGGAUGCUCACGUUUUGAGUUCUAAGGAUGCAUUGGCCUGGAAUUGGCCAGUUGUACGCUCCAUAUUGCGAUCCCGAGAUGACGCACUCCGCAAACUUCAGGAUUCGGAUCACAGGCUCUUCAUAAAGCGUCUUGUCCGUUAUUUCAAGCCUUCCUACAAUCAAUACAGUCGGGUAGAACUUGGAACAAAUGCGACAUUGGCGAGAGAAGCUACUUUGGCAGGAUGCGACUUGAUCAAUUGUUUACUAGAACUUCAUGAACCUGAAGGGAACCACCUACUAACUGACCUUGUUGGUGAUAUUGCAGAGCAGAUCGCUGCCAUAAAAUCUAUGGAAUCUGCUCACGACUGUUUGUUUUCUCCAAGGCAUAUGUCCACAACCUGUUGUCAAAAGUAUUUUCUUUUCCUUGGACAAUUGAGUCAUUCUGCCAAAGGCACAGUCGUAUUGAAUCGAUUUCAUUUAUUGGAAAAACUGCAAGAUCUAGCCCUUGCUACUAAUCACGAUUGCUACGUUAAGUUAAUAACGUCCAGUUUAGACUAUUCAAGGGAAGGUACACCACGUAAAGUAUUUGCCACAAUAACUUGCGACUCUCCUCUAGAAAGUACAAGGCUUUACGCAACCCAAUUUUUGCGAGUGAUCCUAAGGGCACAAAUGUCGGAUGCCCAUAAUUGGGCAAUUGGUCUGCUAUGGGGCAGAUUGAGAGAUACAAGUAGGACCGUGGCUCUAGCUGCAUUAGAGGCACUACACGAGGCUUGCGAUGACGUCGAAAAUCUAGAAGUCUUAUUUCAACAACGAGAAGAAAAUGGCGAUUGGACACUUUGGCUAGAUCAUUUGGGUGAUCGAGGAUAUUUAUUAAAAAUCAGACUUUACUCAUUGCAUUCCGUUUUUGGUAACCUGCCUUCUCCAUCUGAAGAACUUGACAAAUGGAUCAGCCCUGGUGGAUUUGCAGAAAGAUAUGUAGGGGUUGUUGAUGGAGAAAUACACGAUUCCCUAACGCGACGCCAAAGAGGAGAAAAUGGUACUUAUCAUCGAAGGUCGAGUCAAAUCUUCCCCGAAACUCACGAUGUCUUUGUUCCACCUCAUUUGCUUGGUCAAUUAGUUCAACACGACGCGGGAAUCGAGCUGCUAUUGAGGCGUAAUGUUUUACAUCGCUUCGUUCACUUAAUUCUAAGGUUUCUUAUAGAAUCGGGUAAUUCAAAGCCUGAACUACUCUUAAGAGGUAGCAGAGGAAGUCGAUUGUUAAUUGAAGAUGGAUAUUUGUUGUCGGAAGAAUCAGGUACGGAUAAUAUUCCAGAAUCAAGUCGUCUAGAGACAAUCAUUGAUUACGAAGACACUGAAGGAGUAGAAGUGACUUGGAGAAAUUCUUCACCUUAUAAGCCCUGGAAAACUGAAUCUUUGGUUGAAUUUAGGCGAAAAUCAAGUUUUGAUGACUCACGACGAAUGACUCCAGAAAAAUGGUGGAGAUUAGAUAUUGAAAGCCGGGAGGACCGCUCAGCUGAUAUUGACAAUAGAAUUCUGAAAGUAAAAUCAGCCUUGUGGGCCCUGGGCCACGUAGGAACUUCUAUGGUAGGUGUAGAAUUAUUAAACAAUUUGGAAAUCAUUGGAGUGAUGGCAUCAAUGGCUGAAUCUUGUCCCCACUACUCUGUAAGAGCAACAGCUAUGUAUGCAUUGAGCUUAAUUGCAACAACAAGAUUUGGUGCCGAUACACUAGCAAGUUAUGAUUGGCCCUGCGUUAAGCACAAGCGCGGAGAUCAAUGGCCAGUAGUUCCUCCUCGCAAUCCCUAUCCUCUACCUAGCCCUGUUCCCAUGCAGAAGCAUCACCGUAGUCUCAGUGAUGGAAAAGCUGAGUUACCAGAUCCUAUUAUACGUAGAAGCAGAAAUCGUUCAGAAAGUGCGGCUACAGACCUUGAGGCUCGGCGCUACCCAUUUCUAGAACUUGGUGAUACGCCAAGUCCGGUCGCAAGUGCACUGAGGCUAAGUCAGCAGGAUGCAGAUGGCUACGCCCGUCUUCGGAAUUUGUAUAGACAUCGUAGACCUAGCUAUUCCCAAAGUAGCUUGGAGAUGCAAAGUUUGGAUGGAAGACUAUCACAACUUAGUUUCACUGAUUUAGACCCUCCCCGAAGUUGGGCACCUGAAUCCAUAAUGGCCCAAACACCACCCCCUGAAAACGGGAUAAUAAAUCAGUGUUAUAUGGGUAUUUGUUUGCCAAGAGUAUUGACCACCAUUUUUCCAGACCCACCUAGACCAGCACCUUCUAUACACACGGAGAAUGUUCCAAAACAGGAAGAGGAGUCAAUCGAAACUGGCGAUGAAAUGUUCAGUGCCAAUCAAACGAAGGAAGAACAUGCUCGUAUAUGUUUAAUUUGCGAUAGAGGCAAAAUCGUUGGAAGCAGAGAAAAUGGAGAGGGCGAUGGAAAUUCAGACAGAGAAAUUUUGAGACACGUCGAAUGUCUUGCAAAUCCUGUUUGGUAUCGCAAUAGUCGACAAGCAUUACUGAGGCUCAGGCAACAGUGCCCCAAAAAAUUUCAGGCAACGUGUCUCUUCUCAGAAGUUGGAGCUCGUUUAGCCAGUGGCACUUACAGAUUGCAAGCUAGACAGUUUCUUCAAGAAUUGUUCCUUGAGUCCCAAUUUGAUGAUCUUUAUGCCGAGCCAUUGAAUAUACUACGAAUUCCAAACAGUGCAGAACAGCAAUAUCUCCAUCCGAAACACCUGCGUUCACCACUUGAUAACGUCCUGAACAAACCAGUGCCGGUAACACCAGAGAACAAACUCAAUGGUAGGUCACAUUUUACUGAUUUGCAAUUGGCAUUUCUGCCCGUCGUAAGUGAAGAGAUAAGUACUGUAUCCCAGUCGUCAUUAGCAAGCAAUAAAACGAAUGACACUUCCAUCGGGAUGGAAUUGCGUAGCGAUGAAAAAAUAAUUGCUGAAAUCUUGAAACCAGAGGAGAGGAUACGAAUAUCCAAGAGUUCUGACAAGUUACUGAAAACUACAAAUACCAGCACUGCCUUCAGCCUCGAUUAAUACUCUUUGUUUCAUAAUCAAUCAAUUGUACAUAUUUUAUAUUGAAAUAAUUCUGUAAGAAGGAAAUUAAAGAAACACUGCCAACAGAUUGCAUAAAUAUAUCCA